GAGUAGAGAGAGAGAGAGAGAGCAGAGCCGCGGGAAGCAGCAGGCACGGCCACUGCCCCGGUCAGUGCUCGCGACAGUCCCCGGAUCUACCCUACCAACCAACGAGGACACGCUACACGGGAGUCCCGGAGUAUCCUUUCGUUCCAACGAAGAUAAGGAUACACGUUUCACCCCACAGACCUGAGAAGGAGAAUGUAAAAAAAUAAAUAAAAGGAAAAUGCCUCGGAAAAAGCAAGACCAACCGCAGCGCUUAGGGCUACAAUCACGUAAGUGUAUUCGGUAAUACAGCUUUCUGCUCCGUUCAGUGGAGCGGUAACCAGGGGCGGAGAGGUGAAACGGGGAAGGGAUACGGUAGCACGAGAGGGAGAUGAGCGGUUGGAAUACCGUAGCCUGAGAGGUCUGGAUCUACUGCACCCGGGCAGCUCGCGGGCGGCAGCCAUGUUGUGAACCGAGAGAGCUGGAGCGGGUGCGCAAGCCGUGACCGCGGGGCCGGUGGAUCAAUAACGGGAUGGAGAUAAGGCCCCGGCAGCAGACACAGUCACAGUAGAAGAAGAGAUGAGCUGUGUCAGUGAUACAGAGGAAAGAACCCGCCCUUCCUCCCCCAAACCUCCCCAUCUCUGACCCCAACGCCCUCCUCCUCUUCCUCCAUCCCUCUGGACCACAACACUACCCCAACACCCACCUCCUCUUCCUCCAUCCCUCUGACCUUCAACCCCCUGGACCACAACACUACCCCAACACCCACCUCCUCUUCCAUGGUCGUCCAGGAUCGAGGCCUGGGUCUGGGGUUAGGCCGGGACACCAUGGAUAACCCUCUGGAUAAGGACCUGUCCCUCUCCUCCAUCCUGGCUCUGCUGUGUGGGGGGAACCCUCUCCAAGGCCUGGGUAGAGAGCUAGCUUCCAGCCCACCCUGUGCCCUGGAGCCUGGGGUUACGACCCUGGGAGGAGAGGGAAGGAUGAAGGGAGGAAGGAGAGAAGGAGGAGGAGGAGGAGGAGGAGGAGGAAGAGAAGGAGACUCUUCUCCUCCGCUGGGUUUACUCCCAGAUGUCCCUCCUCUCUCCCAGCAUUCUCUGCAGCUCAGCGCCCUAGCCCAGAGAGUAGCCAAGAACUCUUCCUCCUCCUCCUCUCCUGCUGCUGUCUCCUCUAAUCAGCAGGUGUCUGGGUGUUCCUCCAGGGACUUCCAGGGGAGACCGGCAGGGCUGGAUGUGUGGCCCAGCCUCGGGUGCUCCUCGGCAGGUAAAGAGGGCCGCCUCUCCCCUGAUUCAGCCAUCCAGAGGCUAAGGGCAGCAGCAGCCAAUGCUGUGCUACACAACAGGCCCACGACACCCUCCUCCUCUUCCUCCCUUUCUUCCUCCUUUAUCCCCUCCUCCUCUUCCUCCCUUUCUUCCUCCUUUAUCCCCUCCUCCUCUUCCUCCCUUUCUUCCUCCUUUAUCCCCUCCUCCUCUCCCUCCCUCUCUUCCUCCUUUGUCCACUCCUCCUCUCCCUCUCUCUCCUCUAUAGCUGCAGGAGGUGCAGGGUUACAGGAGGGCUUGUGUCUGACCCUGGACUCCUUCCCCAGCCCCCUCUCCGCUCCCUCCUCCUCCGCUAGCUCCACCCUCACUGCCCUGUCCCAGAAGGUCAACCUGCGAGGUCGGGGUUCAAAGGUCACCGGGUCAGAGGUGACAGGCUCAGGCCAGCAGCGCUCUACCUCCCCCUACUCCUUCCACUCCCCCGCUCCUCAGUCUCAACUCACAGAACAGAGCUCCUCUAGGGUAGUGGAGAACCAGAGGGGGCUGUUGCCAGAGCCUAGCCCCAGAGAGGAGAACCAGGGCUCAGCCCCUCUUCAGCCCCAGGUGGAGAUGCCCAGCCUGGAUCCAUUACUGAUCACCAACCCCCUGGGAGAGAUCAACCCUGGAGGACCAGCAGGUGUAUUCCAGUGUUCAGUGUGCGGUCUACAGAUGAAGAGGAAGAGCUAUUGGAGGAGGCACAUGUCGGUUCACACAGGGUUAAAGAGUCAACAGUGUCAGCUCUGUCCCUUCCGUUGCGCGCGCAAGGACAACCUGACAGCACACAUGAAGGUUCACAGGCAGCAGGAGAAAGGGGAAGAGUUUCAGUGUGACCUUUGCCCUUUCACCUCACUCCGCCUCUUCAGCCUGAAGCUGCACAUGAGACGCCACCAGAGAACUAACCCCAGAGGCACAAACACACUCACACAGGACACACACACUCCCACGCAGGACACACACACACUCACACCGGAAACACACACGGAGAGAGAGGGCGAGGGGAAGGAGGAAAGAGAGACAGAGGAGGAGAGGGAGAAGGUGGGAGAGAUAAAGAACGAGGAAGAUAGAGAGGGAAAGAGCCAUUCCCCUGAGCAGGCCGUGUUGAAGCCUGGGUGUAGAGUGCAACUCUCCCCCAGACCCCUAGACACUGCUCUCUGCUACUCAUCCAGUCAAACUCCUCUGUACCCUGCUACUGUGAAGCAAGAAGCCCUGGAGGGAGAGAGGGAGGGAGAGAGGCAGGGUGAGAGAGAGGCAGAGAGGCAGGGCGAGAGAGAAGCAGAGAGGCAGGGUGAGAGAGAGGGAGAGAGAGAAAAAGGGAGCGAUAAAGAAGUCUGUGUGAAACAGGAACCCCAAGAGAGGGAGUUCUCAACCCCUCUCCUCUCUCACCAUCUCUCCCCCCUCCCUCACUCUCUCACCCUCAAGAGGAACAGGCGCAAGGCCAAUACCCCACCUGACUCCCCCUCUCCACCCCAACGCAGAACACACACACCAAACACACACACACCCAGCCCUUUCACACACACACCCCUCACACACAUCCCCAUCGUGAUCCCCAUGGCGACCUCGCUCUUCAGCCCUGACAUCAACACGAAGACCGCCUCUGACCUGCUUAUCAAACUCUCAGCAGCAACCCAGCAGGCCGGGGUAGAGCCUGGGUCUAUAGUGAAGCAGGAGCCCCAGGAGGAGGGCCUGAGCCCUGGGCAGCAGCAGCAGGCAGGUGAGCCUGGUCUGGCUCUCUCUCCAGACGGGCCUGGGGCUAGUCCUGAGCCCCCGACCGCCCACCUCACCCGACCAGAGGAGGAGAGAGACAGAUGCCUGCUGGAGCAAGACAUCAGUGUCACUGUGGCUUCUGAACUGCUCAGGAGACUGUCUGAGAAGCAGGAAGUGGUGGUCCAGGGUUUAAAGGUGAAAGAGGAGGAGGAGCCUAUGGAGAUUGACCCCCUGACCCCCAGCGUGACACCUGACCCUGUCCUGACCCCAGGGGAACGAGCGGAACCCGGGAGGGGUGAGAAGACACCCCCUGCCCCUCUCCUCCCUAAAGAAGACGAGGAUCUGUUCCAGAGAGAUCUCUUCUCCCAGGACAUCUCAGUCAAAAUGGCCUCUGCUCUCCUCUACCAACUGUCAGAAAAAGUCUGCAAAGCCAACGAGCUGAAAGGAAACGAAUCGUUCUGUAGUCCUGUGGUGGAGAAGCCGUUUACACACUGUACCCUCCCGGACCAGCGGGACCCUACUCAGUCCUCCCUAGACAAACCACAGCACGUAGUCAGUAGGUAUAGGUGUCCAGUGUGUUCAUACCAAGCCCAGUGUCAGAGGAGUCUCAACCAUCACCUGGCCUCACACACUGCUAAGACACACACCACCGGCUUCCACUACUACUACAGGUGUCACGUGUGCGGUUUCGAGCUGGAGGGGCAGAGCCUGUUCCUUGGUCACAUGACUGAGCACAGCGAAUGGGAGCGCGAUGCUUUCACUCUCCGCUGCAGUGUGUGUGAUCACUCCACCAGUGAGGAGCGAGCCAUGAGGGCUCACGCCAGCUCUCACACACCUGGAGAGGCAGCGAGCCAAGACUACCUACAGACACACCUGUUGGGAGGCCACACCCCCAAAGACUUACCUGAUGGAAGAGACAGCCCACAAUCUGGAGAGCUCAGAUGCCCUCUCUGUUCGUUCGCCACCAGUCGGCCUGUCUCCAUGGUAACACACAUGCGCUCGUCGCACUCAACGACGGAUCAGCACCGCUGCCGCAUCUGCCAAAGGUCGUUUCCGGGGCAACCAGAGCUCCAGGCACACGUCAGGUGUCAUCGUCAGGGCAACCAGUACCGCUGCGAGAGGUGUGGCCACCUGGCCCGAACAGCCAAUAAGCUGAUAGAACACGUCCGUGUGCACACGGGGGAGCGACCUUUCACCUGCGACCUCUGCCCUUACAGCGCCAAACGCCGAGACAGCCUCCGUCUGCACUGCCGACUCAAACACCCCUCACACGGACACACACACACACCCUCACACGGACACACACACACACCCUCACACGGACACACACAUACAGGACAGCAUAUGCACCGGUCAGCCCUGAAUCCCCUCUCCUCCUCCUCUCUCUCUUCCUGGUUUAGGGGGUCAGACAUUUCUCCUCUCGUCCCCCUCACCACCCUGCUCUCCCUCAGACCCCUCUCUAGCCCCAGACCCUCCUCUCCCUCCCGCUCUUCUUCUCCUUCACCCAAAGUCUCUUUCCUGGCCUACCUAGGUCUGACAGAGCCAACCUAAUCAACCUCCCUCCUCCUCUCUACCUGCCUCCUCCUCUCUACCUCUCUCCUCCUCUACCCCUUUUCUCCUCUCUACCUCCCUCCUCCUCUCUACCUGCCUCCUCCUCUCUACCUGCCUCCUCCUCU